AUGGCGGGGCAGAUCCGGGACAAGGGUUGCCCGAAAGCCCUAUGCCUGAAGCGGCCGACCAAUGCCGUUGUAACAUAUAUAGCAAAUACACCCCCUAGAAAUGGAUAUUCCGGUGGCAUGGCAACUAUGGAUGUUUAUAGUUUCCCAAAUAGAAAGAUUGGGGAUAGGAUUGCUGCUGUCAUGUGGAUAUCAUCAAAUGACGACAUUAAUGCUAUAGAAGCUGGAUGGUUGGUUGAUCCGUCCCGCUAUGGAGAUAGCAAAUCACACUUUUUUGUUGCUUGGACGGGUAAUGGGUUUGGCAAUUAUCCUGGAUGCCUUGACUUGGAUUGUAAUGGCUUCGUGCCUGUGAAUGGUGCGCCAAUUACACCAGGGGACACUCUUGAACUAGUGAAUGGCCAAGCUAAAAUAUCAUUCAAGAUAUUUAAGAGUAGAGAUGACGGAGACUGGUGGCUGCACUUUGGCCAAGACAUAAACAAUCUCCAUCCAGUUGGAUUCUGGCCAAAAAGUUUAUUUAACAAAAUGGAGGACCAUGCCGACAUAAUAACUUGGGGUGGCUAUACCAGAUGCUACGGUGUGAAUCCUAGCCCACCUAUGGGUAAUGGGCAAUGGCCUGGAAAGAAUUCAGCUAGUAUUCAGGAUAUUCAAUUUGUUGAUACUAAUGGGCGAGGCUACGCAGUGACACCUUGGGCUCUUAAAGUCGAUUCGGGCAACAAGAAAUAUUAUCAGACUAGUCCAUUUAUAAAUAGUAUGUUUUACUACGGGGGUCCUGGUGGUUGCAUAAUUAGGACCCCUUGA